UCAAUUGCAAAAUCAUCUCUCACCCAAAAUAACGAUAAACACAGGGAGAGAGAGAGAGAAAGAAAUUCAAUGGCCUCCUCUUCCUUAUUUCUGCUAGCUUCUCUUCUUGUUCUGGCCUCAUGGCAGCAGGCCAUCGCCUUUGAUCCUAGCCCGCUCCAAGAUUUCUGCGUCGCCGACAUGGCCUCACCUGUGCGAGUAAAUGGGUUUCCUUGCAAGAACCCAAUGAAUGUCACAUCGGACGACUUCUUCAACGCGGCCAAGUUUGACAUGCCAAGGAAUACUAUGAAUAAAGUCGGGUCUAAUGUCACCAACCUCAACGUCAUCAAUUUCCCGGGCCUCAACACUCUUGGCAUCUCACUAGCUCGCAUCGACUACGCGCCAAUGGGUGUCAACCCACCACAUGUGCAUCCUCGUGCUACUGAGCUUCUCACUGUGCUUGAGGGAACACUUUAUGUUGGUUUUGUUACAUCCAACCCUAACAGGCUCUUCUCCAAGGUGGUGCAUAAGGGUGAUGUGUUCGUGUUCCCUAAGGCAAUGAUUCACUUUCAAAUGAACCUAGACCACAAUAAGCCUGCGGUUGCCCAAUCAGCACUCAGCAGUCAAAACCCAGGAGUUAUUACUAUUGCUAGUGCCAUAUUUGGAUCAACGCCACCAAUCUCUGAUGAUGUUUUAGUCAAGGCAUUUCAAGUGGAGAAGAAGGUGAUUGAUUGGCUGAAGUCUCAAUUCUCGGAGAAUAACCACUACUGAUUAUAUCAUGUUUCUUGAUUGUUCCUUUGUGCGUUAUAAUAUGUAUAAUAAAUGGGCUUUUGCCUAGUUGAUGUCAUGGUAUGCUAAAACAGUAUGUUUGAUCGUCCAUGUUUAAUAAAUGUAAUGCAAUAUGGACACAGUACGGCGUCCUUUUCCUAAUUAUAUAUUAAUAUAAAAGAAUGAUUGUUCAUGAAA